GACGUCAGAGUGCAUCAAAUAAGGAAGUUGGAGAUCCGGUAGUUCCCCUGAACUUUAGGAGCACUAUUAGACAGCUCGGGCUUCGCCAUCGCAUGGUUAUAAAAGUCUAGUCUUUUCAUGCUUUUCCCGUCUUUAAUGUUGAGCUGGUAGUCGCUUUUUUUCUGACCGGAAUUAGUAGAAAACUCACAAAAGGUGAAAAGCAGACAGCAGGAUGGAUGUUGCUCACCUGACGGAGGACGAAAUGGCCGAUAUAAAGAAGGAAGCCAUAGACAGGUUACGGCCGUACCUGGUGGAUAAGAUCAUCGCAGAGAGGCACUUUGAUUACUUGCGCUCGAAGAAGAUCCUGACCAGAGAGGACACAGAAGAGAUCAGCUGCAGAACCACGAGAGGGAGACGCACUAGCAAGCUGCUGGAUAUCCUCGCAGAAAACCCACGGGGUUUAGACAUGCUUAUCGAGUCCAUCAAAUGGGGCCGAACGCUCAACUUUAUCAUCGCAAAGAUCACGGAUGAGGUGCAGCGCGUGAAAAACGAGCGACUGGAAGCUUUAAAAGCAGGGUCCUCAGCUAACUCAGGUCAUUCAAUCACAAAAGGAGCAACCAAUGACUUCUCCAAAAUGGACUCGGACUAUGACAAGUACUCCACUAUAUGUUAUCAGCCCGAAGGGGAAGGAAGUCGGUCGUCCUCUGUGGCUACGGGAUCCUUUAACCUGCGUUACGGCUCGAGUCGAGUGAACGAGGCUCUGUCGGUCUGCGGAGGGACUGGCAGCAUGAAUGUGUCCUCCACCAUCUCAUCAAGCCUGCCUAAACCUGGAGACCCCGGAGCUCCGCCGCUACCCGAGGAGCCCGAUAUGGACGUCCAGGAUCUAGAUGCUGCUGUUUGUGGAAGCACAGGAAGUAGCGGGGAUGCUAAUUUCCAGCCGCUGCGCUCACGUUCUUCGCACAUGUCGUAGCGCAAACUUUCAACACAAUCGCCUGCAUUCCAUCAAUGUGAGAGAUUCAGAACAUUUUCCAAAACAAUAGUCUUUCAAAUGUCUCUCACAAGCAUUGUCACACUGUAAAAAAAUGUAAUUAAAUUCAAAUGAGUCAAAGCAACACACUUGCUGAACAUGUUUCUGCUUACUUUAGCUGUAUGCAAUCUACUUAAAUAUGUACAAGUUGGUAACACUUUACUUGAAGCAUUAUGAAGGUACAUGCAUGAUGCAUUACAAAGCUAUUUAUGAUGUACAUUGUAAUGCAUUAUAAAUAAUUGUGAUCAAAGCUGAAAUGCAUUAUAAUAUUUGAAGGUUUGUUUGUCGUGUUGUAAUGCAUUCGAUUUUCUAAAGGUGCACUGGAAAAAAUGAUUCAUU